AUGAACGGGCGAUACGUUGAGGCCAGUGCUGGACACAGGUCUUCCGUCCUCAACCCUGCGACCGGCGAGGAGGUGGCGACCUUUGCAUCCGCAGGCGCCGCCGACGUGGAUUUGGCGGUCUCGGGUGCGCAGGAGGCCUUCGAGAGCGGCUCGUGGAGCCAGAGGUCGCCCCGCGAGAGGUGCCGGGUGCUCUCCAAGGCUGCCGAGCUGCUGCGGGGAAGCUUGCAGGAGUUGGCGGAGAUCGAAACCAGGCAAACCGGGCGAUGCCUCCGUGAGUACAUGGCACAGCUGGGCCGGGUACCUGAGUGGUUCGAGUACCACGGAUCCUAUGCUGCGGCACAGGGUUUCGAGGGCCGCCUCCCGGUAGUGGACAAAGACCAUGUGAACCUUGUGUGGAGGGUGCCGUUGGGUGUCUGCGGCCUGAUCACGCCCUGGAAUCAUCCCAUGCUCAUUGCAGCCAAGAAGAUCUCGGUGGCGCUGGCGGCGGGGAACUCGGUGGUGGUGAAGCCUCCUGUGGAGGCUCCGCUGACCGUGCUGCGCCUGGCUGAGCUGCUGGAGCAGAGUGGGCUCCCUGCCGGGAACUUGCAGGUGGUGCCUGGGGAAGGCCCCGAGGCGGGCGCGGCGCUCGCGAGGCACCCAGUUUUGGAACGCGUGGACUUCACUGGCGGCACCGCGACGGGUCUCCAGAUCCAGCGGGCGAUGGCGGAGGCGGGCCGUGUCCGGGCCUACUGCGCUGAGCUGGGCGGCAAUGCGCCCAUCCUCGUCUUUAAGGAUACCCGAUGCCUUCAAGAGGCGGUGGAUGGGGUGGCCUUUGCUGCCUUUGUGGCUUCUGGGCAGACAUGUGUCAGUGGAAAACGGAUUCUGGUCCAGAGCGAGGUCUUCGACGAUUUCAGGGACCGACUUGUCGCCAAAGCGGAGCAACUCAGAUUAGGUGAUCCCUUGUCUGCGGAGACUGAUCUUGGCCCAGUUAUCUCGCGGAGGCAGCUCGAGCGCGUGGAAGACCAAGUGAAGCGAGCCAUCGCGGCGGGUGCCAAAGCUUUGAGCGGUGGCUCACGGCCCAGUGCCCAGCGAUGCAAUCUCCCCGGCCAUUUCUUUGAACCCACUGUGCUGACGGACGUGAGCACUACGAAUCCUGCUUUCGCUGAAGAGAUCUUUGGUCCAGUCGUUUCCCUGUCGAAGUUCGAAGCCGAGGAGGAUGCUGUGGCCCUUGCCAACACUUCGCAGUACGGUUUGGGAGGCGCCAUUUGGACCGAGGAUGUCCGGAAAUCACUCCGUGUGGCUCGCAAGUUACGGUGUGGGCUGAGCUGGGUGAACUGCCAUCACCGCAACGACCCCUCGAGCCCCUGGGGCGGGUUCGGCCAGAGCGGCAUUGGACGGGAGAAUGGACCCGAAGCUUUCGAGGAGUACACCACCACACAAAGCCUAACAAUCCGAACAAGUGACCUGGCCGAGAAUUGGUUCGGAGGAGUUUCGGUGUCAGAGCUGAUCUACCAACAGCUUUUGGCGAAGAAGGAGCAGAGUGGCAUCGACGCCUGGUACCAGGAAUACGUGAGCGAGGCGUGGCAAAGGCGGAACAACCUCCAGAAAACAGAGCUCGAGAGGCAAUCCAAGGAGUGCGGCGAGAACACGCCCAUGUGGGUGGAGGCGCUCUCUGCGGGCAUGGAGCUUGCCGCCGAGGUCUUCGAAGCCGGGGAGCGACUGCGCUCCGAGGCGGCGCGCGACGUGGUGUUGGAGCUGAUGGAGUCGCUGUCUCCCAAGGUCUCCAUCUCCCACUACGCCCGAUGCGGGCUCGGACAGGGCGGCCUCAGGGCCACGGCGGCCGUGCUGUGGCACUUUGCCACAGAUGCGGAGGUUGCAGGCCUUUGUGCUGAUUGUCUGCGGUGGGCCAUCACCGAAAAUGAGCAGAAUCGGAACACCUUGCUGGAUCUUCAAAUCCCUUUGCCGCCGGAGCACGGUGACGGCAAGGGCACCUUCGUGCGCCUUGCCCUAGAUGCCUUUGUGUUCCAAGCUGGCGGAAAGCUACGCCCCAGAGAGGACGCCGGGGCCAGGGUCGAGGCCAGCCGAGACCCUGUCACAGCGGCCAAGCUGGCCGCCUGCCUGUUGGCAGCCGGAGAGGCAUGGCCCAAGGCCAUCAAGGAGAUGCCUCCCGGAAAGGAGCAAGAGGAGCUCAAGGAGCUGCUUCCGGAGGCGCUGCGUUCAGCCUCAGAGCUUUCAAAAACGCUCAAGAGCAACAAGGUCCUGGCAGACUUCGAAAAGCUCCUGAAGCUCGGUAGCUGA